AUGUCGGUUUCGGCGAGUGACGCUUCAGAUUCAGGAGCCUUGGAGAGUCACGAGUCACAGGACAGCAGCGACAGCGACGAGAGGGACACAUCCAGAGCGACCAGAGAGAGUCAGAGUGACAGUGGGUCUGGCGAUGUCUCCAACGGGGCCUCAGAAACAGAUAGCUCCGAGGGGGCCUCUGCAGAGGAGCAAGAGAAGAGUGUGAAACAGAGCCCCAGGAGUUCAGGCGAGUCAGGUGCCGAGGGGCAGCGUGGAGGAGCUUCGUCGUCCAGCUCGUCUUCAUCCAGUUCGUCAUCCUCAGAGUCGUCAGAUCCUUCGCCGGAGUGUGAAGCAGAUGCCGCCGAGCCCGUUUAUGAGACGGAGACGGAGCACAAGAUUCGUCACGAUUUCCCGGCCAGGACGGCGUCUUGUGGGCGUUGCUUUUACUACAAAAAUCGAGAGUCAUGGAAGCAGCAAGCCUUUUACAGGCAUCCCCUGACGGAGCUGCCGGUCACCUGGCUCGCAGAGAAGAGUGAGCCAGAGAAGAACGCGUGGCACGUCGGCUGUGCGGUUUGCAAGAAGCACGGCUUUCAGAGUGUCAUGGCCAACUUCAUGGCUGAGCCGAAGCUGGGCAACAUCAAGCGUCAUCAGAAGAGCGGACAGCACCAGCGUGCCGUGGCUCUGGAAGUCAGGGCUCUCCAAAGGCAACUUCCUCAAGAGGGUGAGCAAGAAGGAGAGUGUGCGCGUGAAAACCCUUUCUCGGUGAGAAGUGUGCAUGUUUUAUUCCAGCAGCUGCUCAUCAAGACGGGUGAAUCCUUUCAGAACUUUCCCAAGUUCUUGAAGACGGCCCGCAUGAGUGGGGCCGAAGUGCCUCAGGGAUCGACAGGUCCACGAGUGUCGAGUCAGCUGACCCAGGUCAUGGCUGAGCGUGAAACCGACAUGACGACCAAGAUCCUCACAGGCAGUGUCAUUGCCGGCUUGGCCCAGGAUGCCAGAGACGGCAAAGCCCCGGUGUUGCUCAAGUGUGUUCUCUGGUCGUGGCCACGGGGGCUGCCACGUACUCUAGUGUCAGGGGUGACAAGUGUGAGUGCAGGCAAAGGACCUCCCUGGAUGCAGAGGGUGAUGUUCACGCCAGAAGCCGGGUUACACAAGGCGGACG